AUGUCCAAGGCCUUCGCCAAGUCCCUCUCCCAGCUCAACAAGGCCCUCAUCAGGAGGCUCAACGCCCUCGUCGUCACCCGGGCGCAGCCUGCGCCGCCGAGGCCGUCGCCGGAUGGUGGGCGCGUGGCGACGCCGCCGCCGGACCUGGUGGACGCGCUCCCGUCAGCGGCGGCGGCGGGCGGCGUCGCCGUGUGCAAGGUGGAGGGCGGCCUGCUCAGGUCCUCCUCCGCCUUCCCUUACUUCAUGCUGGUGGCCCUGGAGGGCGGCGGGUUCGUCAGGGCGCUGCUCCUGCUGCUGCUCUACCCCGCCCUGCGCCUGCUCGGCCACGACAGGGCGGUCAGGGCCAUGGCCGUCGUGACCUUCCUCGGGCUCCGGAAGGACGCGUUCCGGGUGGGCAGGGCGGCGCUGCCCAAGCUGCUCCUGGAGGACGUGAGCGCCGAGGUGUUCGACGCGGCGGUGGCGCCGCCCCGCCGGCGGUGCGUGUGCGUCAGCGCCAUGCCGCGGGCGAUGGUGCAGCCGUUCCUGGCCGAGUACCUCGGCGUCGACGCCGUCGUCGCGCCCGAGAUGAGGGAGUUCAGGGGGUACUACCUGGGAGUCAUGGAGGACGAGAACGAGGUGCUGCGUGCGCUGGACGUCGGGAAGGUGAUCGCCGGAGACAAGGCUGGCGGCGGCAGUGACGACGACGUCGUCGUCGGCGUUGCUGGACUCGGGUCCUCGUUCGCCCAGGUGUUCCAAAAGCAUUGCAAGAUAGAAAAGAAAUUAAAGAAAGAAAGAAAGAAAAACAGGGAUAUCUAUGGUCAGCGUCUUGGUGAUUGCUGGCUGCUGGAUGAGCAUGACCAGACGGGCUGA